ACCCCUCCUUCAUGCUAUAAGCACAGCCAUGGCAGCCCUUUCCUUGCACACCCACCCAUCCUCAAGAGAAGAAGAGAGAGACGUACGUAUAGGAGCAGUACCGCAACGCCAUGGCUCGCUCUGGUGCUCUCCUGGCUCUCGUGCUGGCCUGCCUUCUUACCGCCGGGGCGCACGCGGCGAUCAGCUGUGGCCAGGUGGUCUCUUACCUUACGCCGUGCCUCGGCUACGCCCGCGCCAUAGGGCCUCUCACCGCUGGGUGCUGCUCCGGGGUGAGGGCGCUCGAUGGCGCCGCACGGACCACGCCGGACCGGCAGACCACGUGUAACUGCCUCAAGAGAUCCACGGCCGGCAUCCAGGGGCUUCAGCCCGGUCUCAUCUCCGGGAUCCCGAGGAAGUGCGGCGUCAAUAUCCCCUACAGCAUCGGCCCCUCCACCGACUGCUCUCGGGUGAAGUGAUCGAGCUGCUACUUUAUGCCGGAGAGGGUGUUCGAGUGCCUCCACAUAAAUAAGGUGGGAGUUAAUGUUCUGGGAACAUUCUUCCGAGUGUGCAAGCUCUCCAUCGUCGUUGUAGCUUACAUAUAGCCACGUAGUUGCAGUAGGUUGGGUUCUGUAGUUGUGUUACUAUCUAUUUGAAGCUCAUUUUCUAGUUGAUGUACUCGGUAUGUACUCAAACGUAGAAUCUUUGUUUGAUGCUGUUCUC